AUGGAAGAAAGCACAAUCAAACUUUGGUUGUCGUGUUCUUGGCAGUUGCUGCGACCUCUAGGAUCGGUUUCUUCUAUAACGGCCUCAAUUCAUUCAGAUUUUCAUAUAAGGCACAGGACUCUGGUAAACACGAAGCUACCAGUACCGAUGCGGCUAUGGCGAGAGAGUCCUCCAACAUCUUAUACCGUCAAGUUCGAGUCUUUCAAGACCAUGAUGGAGCUGGUCAAGGAUGGAUACUACGAGUCUCGUCCUUUCACCGUUGGUGGAUUCAACUGGACGUUCAUAAUCUACCCAACGGGGAAUAAGAAGGACACCUUGAACGAAUUUGUUUCGCUUUAUGCAAGAAUCGAUAACUCAAGCAUCACCGAUCCACAAGCCGUGUAUGCGGAGAUUAAGUUCUUCGUCUACAACAAUGUACUUAAAUUGUAUUAUUACUACCAAGAAACUGAACCGAUGAGGUUUCAUUCGUUCCAACCAAAGAGGAGAGUGCCAGAGUUUCUACUGACUUCAUGGUUCAAGGUGCCAGAUCUUGGAUACAUUACCAAAGGUGGUGAAUGUGUGUUUGGAAUAGAUGUCUUCAUUGCUCCACCCUUUAACAAAUGGGACGUUUUCUCCUAUGAUGAAAAUAUCACCAAUCCCAUUUUCAAUUGGAACCUUACCGGUUUCUCUACCCUCAAUCUGGACUCUUACACAUCCGAAACAUUUUCUUCCGGAGGCAGAAACUGGGUGUUGAAAGUAUAUCCAAAUGGAAAUGGUGUUGGAAUGGGUAAUUCUUUGUCACUCUACUUGAUGAGUGAGUCUAAUGAAAAGGAUUACGUUCGAGCUAAGCUAAGAGUUCUGAACCAAAUCACAUCCAACCAUGUGGAGAAACUAGUUGAGGGAUGGCCAGCAGAAAAUGGAUGGGGUUUCGAGAAGUUUAUACCUCUUUCAGAUCUUAAAGAUGGAAACAAAGGUUUUGUUGUCGAAGAUUUACUCGAGGUUGAAAUCGAGAUCAUGGCAUUCUCUAAAACUGAUCCAUCUAAUUAA